AUGGCAAUGAUUGAGAAUGAUGAUGAUGUAAAAGUGAUUGAGGUGCAAAUGCCUUUUGACAUUGUUUCAGAAGACGAACCACUAAUAAGAAUACCACAGAUUAAUAAUGAUUACAGAUUUUAUGAAUUUUUUAUGAGUUUUGGUAGAGAUCAGGCUGUUCAGAUGGCGGGGGGUCGUGUAUGGCCUAUAAUAUAUUUUAAUGAUGCUGUGUCAAAAAUGCCAAGUUUUUAUGUCUAUAUUACAGAUGUGGGAAGAACGAAAAAAGGACAACGAAUUAUAAACAUAGGUGUGGCUCAUUGGUUGCUUGGGAUUUAUGCUGAACUUGAAAUUAAUAUUCGUGUUUAUCCUGAAUCUUUUAAUGGGGAUUUAUCAACGGCAUUAUAUCUCCUGUAUAUAACAUUUACAAGCUACGGCUUUAAAUUGGAUUAUGUUCAACAUGAGGGUUUAACGCAAGCGCAGGCGGCUACUUUUGUUCGUGAAACUGUUGAUACUGUUCUAAAUUAUAUCCAGGAAUAUAAACACGAAGAUUAUAGUUGCAAAGUUUUGGCUGAAGAUUUGCGAACUAGUACGGGUAUUGCGGCAUCUGUUCGAUUGGUUCAGAUAUUAAUGUACCAUUAUCGUUUAGUGAAAAUUGUGAGGGAUUGGAUGUUGUCAAAAUGUGAAUGUUCUGAACUUGAUCAGAUUUGUUAUUGUAAUAUUUUUACGAAGGAGGAAUUAAAGAAAUUUGGAAAAGUUUAUUUUAAAGACGCAAAGUUAUUUGUAAGCGAUGAGGUGUUCUUUACCACCCUGGGACCAUUACGGUUGGGAGUUGUACCGGUAUCUGAAAAAAAAAAAGAUUCGUCGUCGCAGUCCAAUAAAACCCGUGGAAUUAACAAUUUACGCUUAUGA